AUGGCGGCGGCGGUGCGCGCCAUGGGCAGCCUGGGCCGCUUGGCCGCGGCCACCAAGCGCUGCCCGCCCCGCGGCGCGCGGCACCAGGGUAAGCUGGGAUCACCUCGAGAAGCCCCUGAGAAGGCCUGUAACAUCUGCAACUUCUCUUCCUUAGGUUACGCUUGCCGCAGCUUCUCCAGCUCCAGUGCUCUUCAGGCCAGGACACAUGUUAGCUGUGAUAUCAAAGGAGAUGUUGCCGUUAUACGUUUCAACGAACCAAAUUCCAAGGUGAACACUCUAUCCAGGCAAUUGCAUGCAGAGUUUGCUGAUAUACUGAAUGAAUUCUGGGCUAAUGAAUCUAUCAAAAGUGCCGUCCUCAUCUCCUCGAAGCCAGGCACCUUUAUUGCUGGAGCAGAUCUCGGCAUGAUUGAAGCCUGCCAGACUGCUCAGGAAGUGGUUCAGCUCUCUCAGGACGCCCAGAAGCUGUUGGACAAAAUGGAGCGGUCUCCAAAGCCCAUCGUUGCUGCCAUCAAUGGCACCUGCGUGGGAGGAGGACUGGAGGUUGUCCUUGCCUGUCACUACAGAAUAGCAACGAAGGACAAGAGAACAGUGUUGGCCUCACCUGAGGUGUUACUGGGCAUCCUGCCAGGGGCAGGAGCCACUCAGAGGCUGCCAAAGAUGGUGGGAAUUCCUGCUGCCUUUGAUAUGAUGCUGACUGGGAGGAACAUCCGUGCCGACAGAGCAAAGAAGAUGGGUCUGGUUGACCAGUUGGUGGACCCCCUAGGGCCCGGUCUGAAAACUCCAGAAGCACGAACCAUGGAGUACUUGGAGGAAGUAGCAGUUGACUUUGCCAGAGGACUCGCCAACAAGACUGUGUCUACCAAAAAACCAAAGGGGUUAAUUCAGAAGAUAACAGAUUAUGCCAUGGCUAUUCCGCUCGUGAGGAAACAGAUCUACAGGACGGUGGAGAGCAAAGUUCAGAAGCAGACCAAAGGACUCUACCCUGCUCCUCUAAAAAUCAUUGAGGUUGUAAAGACUGGGCUUGAUCAGGGGAACGACGCCGGAUACUUCGCUGAAUCCCAGAAUUUUGGCCAGCUAGCAAUGACUAAAGAAUGCAAGGCGCUGCUUGGGCUUUACCGCGGGCAGGUGCAGUGCAAGAAGAACAAGUUUGGGGCACCGGUGCARGAGGUCAAGACCCUGGCUGUGCUGGGAGCAGGGCUCAUGGGAGCUGGAAUUGCACAAGUUUCGGUGGAUAAAGGACUGAAGACCAUUAUGAAGGACGCAACACAGCAAGGCUUAGACAGAGGACAGCAGCAGAUCUUCAAGGGGCUSAACAGCAAGGUGAAGAAGAAGAGUUUGACAGCGUUCGAGAGGGACUCGUUUCUCAGCAAACUGACAAGCCAGCUGGACUACAAAGGCUUUGAGAAAGCAGACAUGGUGAUUGAGGCUGUGUUCGAGGACAUCAACGUCAAGCACAAAGUGCUGAAGGAAGUGGAGGCUGUGAUCCCUGCUCACUGUAUCUUUGCCAGUAACACAUCUGCUCUCCCAAUCAGCAAAAUCGCUGCCGUUAGCAAGAGGCCAGAGAAGGUGGUGGGGAUGCACUACUUCUCCCCCGUGGACAAAAUGCAGCUGCUGGAGAUCAUCACCACAGACAAAACAUCCCAGGACACAGCUGCCUCUGUUGUUGCUCUUGGGCUCAAACAGGGCAAGAUUGUCAUCGUGGUAAAGGACGGGCCUGGUUUCUACACCACCAGGUGUCUGGGGCCAAUGCUGGCAGAAGUGAUCCGAGUUCUCCAGGAGGGCACCGAUCCAAAGAAAUUGGACGCCAUCUCCACGGCCUUCGGCUUCCCGGUGGGUGCCGUCACGCUCAUGGAUGAAGUGGGUGUGGAUGUGGCCGCACACGUGGCCGAGGACCUUGGCAAGGCCUUUGGCGAGCGGUUCGGAGGAGGCGGCGUCGAGUUGUUAAAUGCCAUGUUGGAAAAGGGCUUCCUAGGCCGCAAGGCAGGAAAAGGCUUUUAUAUUUACCAGGAGGGGGUGAAGAACAGGAGCGUGAAUUCGACCGUGGAAGAGCUCUUGAAGCGGUUCAAGGUGCAAGGCAAGCCUGAAGUCUGCACCGACGAGGACAUCCAGCUGCGCUUCGUGACGAGGUUUGUGAACGAGGCAGUCCUGUGCCUGCAGGAAGGCAUCCUCAGCAACCCCGUGGAGGGAGAUAUGGGGGCAGUGUUUGGCCUGGGCUUCCCGCCGUACCUGGGAGGUCCCUUCAGGUUCACAGACUCGUUCGGCGCCAGGCAGGUGGUGGACAAGAUGCGCAAGUACGAGGCCGUCUACGGCAGCCAGUUCACGCCGUGCCAGCUGCUCGUGGACUAUGCCAACGACCCGGGCAAGAAAUUCCACCCCUGAGAGCGGCCCGGCCCCGUGCCCACCAUGCACCAAGAGCCCCAGCUGGGCGCCCGGGCCCCGCGCUCGCUGUGGGCUCACCUGCAACGCACCUGGGGGAGGAAGGAGGCCAGCGCUGCAGUGCCUUGGCCUUGCAGUCCUUUCAAGUGCCUUACAGCUCCUGGGCCUGGGGCCCUUCCGUCCCUUCCCGCGGUGGAAGAGGGAAAUUCUUCUGCGUUCGCCCUUGUGUUGCACGCGGCMGAGCGCCCGCCACGCCAGGCAGCGGCCCCGUCCCUGCCAGGCUGCCUCCGAGGCCUUGCUUUCCAUAAGCCCUCCGCAACAAUAAACCUUCCUCUCCU